AACCAGACUUGAAAAAUAAAUGCCUGUGGCCUCACGCUCGGACAGCCCGUGCUUUUCCAAACACCACCGCAAAGUCAGAUUCGGUUAUGUUGAUGAUCUUGGCGUAACUAAGAACCAGCUACCAGAGAGGUGUGACAAGAACCGGUUCAGCAAAACCGGUCGCCGGGUCGACAGUCAGCUUUCUCGAAGGACACACUCGUUUACUAUCAAUCGAGCCUUUCCCUGUGCAGACGGACGAUUCGUUCGUUUAUCUCGAAUUUCUACACUCCCAUGUUACGCCUCGAGAUAAGCGGUCGUCACACAUUCACUAAUACUCACCACUGUUUGCUCGCUUGUGAUGAGAUCGGGAGACCUGAUCCGGGCGAGGGGCAACCCACCCAUCUCGGAUACCCGCUCUGCCUCUUUCGAUCCAACCGCUGCUGGCUGUCAUACGUAUGCGUACAACUGGCUGUAUGUUUCUUACACCGCGGACGAUGUUGUUGUUUUCGUGCGGCUUUAAAUUGCGACGCGAACCACGCCGAUUCUUUAGUCGGUGCCAGCAUUUCAGAUCGUUACGACAGUGUUCUCGGAGUCCCUCCGGAAAAGGCGAAAGGAAAAGCAAGCAAGCAAGUGGCUCUUUAAAGAAAGCGUGACCGAAGCCGAACAGUUGUAUAAUUUUCCAAAAGUCCUAAUAGUUCUUUCGAUACUGCCAAGUUGUCUAGCUGGUUCCGAUUGCAAAACGCACGGUUUCAGUGUCUGUAUUCAAGUGUUCGCCAAAAAUUAGUACAAAUUAACCGAUAAGUACCUGAGAGUAACGCCUCGCAUCAUCGUCAUCAUCAUGUCAGCAUCACCGAUUGCCCGUCAAGCCUGCAGCCAGAUGCAGGCCAUUCCAUCGAAGAGAAUCCUCAUCCAUGACGCCUCGGAACUACCGGAUCUGUACUCAUCGACACCCGGUGGCACGCUGUAUUCUACCACACCAGGAGGUACCCGCAUCGUGUACGAGCGUGCCUUCCUGAUGAAUCUGAAAAACUCCCCGCUCGCCCGUACUCCGCCGUCCAACUUGAGCAACCUGCCGCACAAUAUCUUGCGGAACAGCCCGAACAAGCCGCUGAGCAACAAACCGAAGCCGUCGCACAACCAAAGCCAGAACUCGCCGCCGAAAUUCGACGAUCAUCAGGAACAGUUCGACAUGGACCUGUAGAAGAAGGUGGCAUCUCGUGCCCCGGGCGAGGAAUGCUUGGUACAGGGCGGGCUCUUUGUUAUAUUGGAUUAAGAAUAAGUCUACGUUAAGUUUAUUCUCGAUAUAAACUUUAUAAGUUUAUGCUAUUUUAUCGUUGCUAAGAUUAAUGUAACAAAAAACUGCUCUGCUACAAACGUACACUAGCUGGGAGAACGUGCCUAAAUCAACACGUAUGUUCGAGGAAAAUCCCGUACGAAGACUGCUAGAUACAACAUCAGAGCUAAAUAUCUGAAAAAAGUCGAAAAAAACCCUAAAUCGAAGACAGUGUGUUCUUAGAUACCGUUCGGAUACGUUGUGGAAGUUUCGUUUCCACUGUCCACUGUCAAUCAAAGUCACCUGUCCCUUCAUGUUCCCAGCGGUAUUUGUUCGCGAAACGAUCGCGGGACGUUUGUGAUAGCGGAUGGCCGAUCUAUGGGAUCGGAACAUUCAUUUCUAAGUUUAAUUUGGAUGUAAAGUUAAUUGCUACUGUUCACAGGACACCUAAACUACUAAGUAUUGAACAUCUAAAAGGUUGCUCCAAUUUGUUCCACCAGUGGAGUCUUGAACCAUUUUUCAUUGUUAGAAUAAAAUUUGUUAUGCUAAACAUUUAUGAUUCAGAUAUCGUAUGUAUAAAUAAAGUCUGCAAUUGCAAAGUCAAUCCAAACAUCAGACGUAGGCGACAAAAAAAAGGCUGGUCACGGCUUGAUAUUUCUCGCCAAACAUGUGAAAAGGGCCCAUGUGCCAUAUGUAAACAAGCCAAAUUUUCUCGUUUUUUGAUCAAUACAAGCGAAAUCUGCUCUUACCAAUAAGAUUUAUUGAUAAAAGAAUUCACUCUUUAUCAAAAAAUCUUAUUUGUAAGAGUAGAAUAAGCUUGUAUUCAUUGAAAAACGUGAAAUUGUGGCUUGUUUACAUAUGUCACAUGGGCCCUUUUCACAUGUUCAGCGAGAUUUUGUAAUUAUAACUAAUGUUCUUAAGUUAAUAAAAAUGUAUCCAAUACAAAAUAACCUUCACUAGCAGAGAUGAUGCGGAUCACAGUUUGAAUCUAAUUUCAAUUACAGUUUUUUAGAACCAUGAUGCAAUGAUAUUUUAUUAAUGACAAAUAUAUUUCACCUAAAGAUUUGAAAUCGUAA